UGAGGUUCUAUCCUGUUUGAUGAUCCCAGCUAUACGCGCCUCCCUACACGCUUUUAUACUCACUAAUACAAUUCCUUUAUCAACCACUCCAAUCCAUUAACAAAUCUCAGCCAUUCAAUAACUUUCUCUCAAAACCAAUCAAUCAAUCCACCAUGUCGUCCGCCACUAUCCCUCCCCCCGCCGCCGAUCAGGACUACAAGCGCACCCUGCUGCCGCUACUCAUGUCCAACAACGUCCUCUCCUUCGGCUCCUACGUGUUGAAAUCCGGCCGCGAAUCCCCCUACUUCUUCACCUCGUCUCUGCUGCACACGGCGCCUCUCCUGCGCGCGACCUCCGCCGCCUACGCCAGCGUCCUGUCCACCCCGCCGUUCGUCACCACCGCCGCCGACGGCAAGACCACCCCCGCCUUCGACAUCAUCUUCGGCCCCGCCUACAAGGGCAUCCCCAUCUCGGCCGCCGUCACCAACGAGCUCGCCGUCCGCGACUCCCUGGCCGGCACCGGCACCUGGGACAACGUCAGCUACUCGUUCAACCGCAAGGAGGCCAAGGCGCACGGCGAGGGCGGCAACAUCGUGGGCGCCCCGCUGAAGGGCAAGCGCAUUGUCAUCGUCGACGACGUCAUCACGGCGGGCACGGCCCUGCGCGAGGCGGUCGAUAUCAUCGAGAAGGAGGGCGGUAUCGUUGCUGGUGUGGUGGUGCUGUUGGAUCGUGAGGAGCGGGUUAGUGACGCUGAGCCGAAGAGUGCUGUGGGUGUUGCGCAGAGGGCGCUGGGUGGGAAUAUCCCCAUCCGGUCGGUUAUUGGGUUGCAUGAUUUGAUUGAGACGCUGGGUGAUAAGAUUGGGGAGGGUGAGGUCCAGCGGUUGAAGGAUUAUCGGGCUCGUUACGGCGCGGAGUAGAUUGCCGUUGCUUUGACUCUUAGAUUGAUAUACAUGACUGAUGGAAUGGUACCGAUAGAUGUCUUUUCCUUUUCUUCUUUUACUCAAUUUUUUCUAGAUAAUAUGUCGGAUGCCUUUCAAUUGAAGAGCACAAGGUGGCUGAUAAGGUAUAUACACCAUGGAUCAAUCACUCAUAGCCAAAGGUCACGGAAUGUUCUUGAUGAACCGAA